AUGGAACGUCUAUUGUGCAACCGAGCCAAUGAAGCCCGCGACUCUCUAGCUAUUAUCGAUGGAGACCAGCGAUUAUCGUUUUGCAAUCUCAUCUCUGUUGCCGACAUCAUAGCUGAGAAAUUGGCUGAGAAAGGACUGGGCAUUCAAGAGCCGGUGGGAAUUGUCCUUGGCCCAGGUUGGCAACAAGUUGUCUCCCAAGUCGCAGUCUUGAGAGCAGCUGGAAGUUGUACUCCCAUUGAUCCAUCUGUGCCUGACAUCCAACUCAGGGCCAUGCUGUCCGACUUGGAUGUGCGAUUUGUCCUUACAACCACUGAUCUUUCGGCCAGGGUGUCUCAGUUUGAGGUACUGUCAAUUGAGUCCCUUUUGGAGUCUGAUCAAAAAGUGGACAUACAAGGAGAAAUUACAGUGAGAUCUGACAUGCCUGAAGAUCACAGAAGCCAUCUUCUUCAUACGUCAGGUUCAUCGGGAAAGCCUAAAGCUGUUCAAGUUUCUUCCGCCGCCUUGAUUCAUCUGGCUACCUCAUCCCCGAUUGACAUCAAGCCUGGUGAUCGAGUUGGACAGUUGAACAACCCAGGCUUUGACCUGUCUUUGUUCGAGAUAUGGGUUACUUUACUUUCCGGAGCUACGGUAGUACACGUGCCAAAGUCCGCCAUCAAGGACCCGCUAUCCUUUGCCACUUUUUUGAAAGAUGAAAGCAUUACGAAUGCUAUCAUUCCUACCGCUCUAUUUAACAUAGUGGCCACCAGUGCCCCUUCCGCGUUUCAAAACCUUCACCACGUUGUAACCGCUGGCGAGUCACCGAAUCCAAAUUCAAUGGAAAAUGUACUUGGCAGCGACGGCCCCCCUGCAAACUUGUGGAAUGCUUACGGACCUACGGAGACGACAUGCUUCUCGACUCUGCGGCAGGUGACUCUUGAAGACACCCGAAGUGGAGAAAUCAGUGCAGGAAAACCGUUUGGAGAUACUGUGCUCUACCUUCUUGACGAGGACAAGAAGCCAAUUUUCGGUGAGGAAGUCGAGGGUGAAAUUUGCAUCGGGGGUCCAGGAUUAUCGGCCGGUUACUUGAAUCGCCCCAAAAAAAACGCUGAAAAGUUCAUUGAAAUCGAGGCUCCAAGUCCCGAAGCAUCUGAUCAGCUGGAGAAAAUUCGGGUAUACCGGACUGGGGAUGUUGGUGUCUGGAAAGGGGAACCGAAAACUCUCCAUUUCGUUGGGCGCCUAGACCUUCAGGUCAAACAUCAAGGCUUUCGUGUUGAACUUGAGGAAGUUGAGCGUACGAUCGCCGCACAGGGAAACAUCAAGGAAGUGGCCUGCUUGCAUGAAAAAUCUAGCGAUGGUGCUGGAUCCGACCGACUUGUGGCUUUCGUUGUUCCGGAAAGCGAUAGCCCAAUCGAUCCACAAAGUAUAAUCGAGAACAUCCAAGAUCAACACCCUUACUACAUGGUGCCUGAUCAAGUCCAAGUUAUCUCAGAGAUGCCUUUGAAUUCCCGCGGCAAGGUGGAUCGUGCUACACUGGCUGAGAGGAAUGCGGAAUCCCACCAGGAGGAGUCCUCCCGCAACGGUGAAGGUGGAGAAAUAGGCGGCGUCGAGAUGAUUUCCGAGAUUCUGAAAGGUAUUCUCAGUAUCUCCACUCCCAGUCCCCAUGAGAACGUUUUCUCUCUUGGCCUAUCGUCAUUACAAGUUGCUCGGUUCCUUGGUUCGAUCAAGCAAAAGGUUGGAAGGUCGCUGUCAAUUAAGGACCUCUAUAUCAACCCAACAAUUGAAUCACUAGCACAGCUCCUUGGCCAACCUGAAAAAGUCAAUUAUGGGCCAUCUGAGAUCCUGCAAUUUGAAGCUGACAGCCAACUUGCCGACGAAAUUGAGCUACUCCCGAAUUGGUUCUCCGAGGGUCGCGUAUUCCUGACAGGUGCCACCGGAUUCAUCGGAAUUAAUCUCCUGCAUCGCUGGCUCUCCAUGCCGUCCAUGAAAGAGAUUGCGUGCCUUGUCCGAGGCAAUGAAAAUCACUCGCCUAUGGACCGAGUUCAAAAUACAUUCGAGAAGUACGAUCUGUGGGAAGAAAAUAUGCGCGAGAAAAUGAAGAAGAUCAUCUUCAUAGACGGUGAUAUAACACAGGAUCGCCUCGGGCUUUCACACAGCGAUUAUGAAUGGCUUGUCGGUUGGGCGCCAGCAGUAUUUCACGCUGCUGCCAAGGUCAACUGGUGUGAGCCUUACAGCAGUCAUUAUGCACCAAACGUGCUGGGCACCAAGAAUGUUCUUCGUGUCGCAGUCGAAGGACGAAGAAAGGUUUUUCAUUACAUUUCCAGCAUCGAUGUUUGGGCGGUCACUGGACUCAUUCUGGGAACAGAAGUUGUGUCCGAGGACGGCUCACUCAAGGUGCAUCUUGCUUCCCUCCCUUUCGACACAGGCUAUGCCCAAAGCCAAUGGGUAGCAGAUGAGAUGGUGCAGAGGAUGCGUGACCGAGGCCUGCCGGUGACCAUUUAUCGCCCUGGCUUCGUUGUUGGCGAUAGCAAGACAGGGGCAGGUAACCCAGACGAUUUCUUUAGUCGAAUGAUUGUUGGGUGCAUUCAACUGGGAUAUUGGCCGCAUCUACCAUCACAAAAUAUGGAAUAUGUCACAGUCGACUAUGUAUGCGAUUCAAUUCUGCAUAUAUCCUCAGACAGUCGCAACAUCGGCCAUGCUUAUAGCUUGACUGCACCAAAUCCAGAUCUCACUACGCACAUGGAAAAGUUGUGUACACUUAUCAAUGAGGCUGGCUUCCCCCUUGAACAAAUCCCAUAUCCAGAUUGGCUGCAAAAGCUAGAAACCUGGAGCCAGUUGGAAUCGAGCCCGUUACUGUCUUUGAUGCCCUUACUUGCAGAGCCUGUUCUACGUGAUUCUACGCGUCUACAAACAAGCAAGUAUUCUCCGGUUUAUGAGUGCCCAAAUACUUUGAAAGCAAUCAGGAGCCGUGACGACAUUUUUUAUGUACAACUUACUUCUCAACUGGUACGGAGUUUCAUCGAGUUCUGGACCCGUAAAGGGUUCCACAGCCUUUGA